AUGAGGAUCAAAAGCUUUGGACUUCUUUGUGUAUUGGUUCUGGUCUCCCAGAUGCUAAUAGCCAACUGUGAAAGACAGAAAGAAAGAAAAAAGGGAAGACAGGGCAUAGAACACAGUGGAAAAAACCAAACUGAAUCUAACCAAGAAAACGGAAAAGGGGGAAAGCCAAGAAGAGGAAAAGCAUCUCCUAAAGGCAAGUUUAAAACCGAAGAAAAUGCUGAGUGCACCUGGGCAGUGACCAACAUCAGUGCUGCUACUGUGCGUGUAGACUGCAAGAAUGGUGACAGUGAGUUCUGGUGUGAAUUCUCUGGAGACCCUUCCACCUGCCCACAGUAUGCAGCAAACCAGAAAUCCUACUGGAAACAAGUCUCCCGAUCCCUAAAGAAGCAGAAGCGGAUCUGUCAAGACCCCAAAAGUGCCCUAAAAUCUAAACUAUGUAGGAAAGGCCGACGAAGUGCUCAUCUCAAGCUGACUCACUCAAGCCUGCUGACAUCCGUGGGUCCUGCGAAAGGAGACACAAUUCCUCAGGCAAAAGAAGUUGUUCCAACUCCAGCAGCUGCCUCUGUGACUGAAAAAAAGCUAGAACACAGUCCCCAAGACUGUGUAGAAGACAUAGAUUAUAUUGAUCAGAGAAAGGUGGCUGAGGAAUACUGUCCAGAAAGCUUGCUUUCUUUCUGCAACUUUUUUAUUACAAUGGUGCAAGACAAAAGGUGCUGA